AUGGCUGACCUUCGCCAAGCCUGCGACCGUUGCCACGACAAGAAGCUACGAUGUCCAAAACAACCCGGCUCCCUCAUCUGUAGCCGCUGCGCAAAAGCCACUGUUCCCUGCAUCUUCAGUCCUCCAACCAGAUCACUUCUGCGAAAUGGCACUGUAGGAGACAGCCAACAGCCCGACUUGGCUGCCUUUGACUGGUCUUCUCUGUUGGAAUUCGACCAAGUCUGCAACAAUAGUCCUAAUGGCGACGCAGUCCAAAGCGCUAAUCCAUUCGUCACCACGCCACCUGUCAGCGACAACGCCGACACGCCCUCCUUGAGCAACACCUCCGAGCUGGCCAACCUCAUGGUUUCGCUAGAUCGCAUCCACAGCGAUUUCCCAUUAUCUUACAUCCACAGACACAUGUCCGUUGAAAUGGUAAAGCAAAUUUCGCAAUCUGCCGCCGCAAGAUUCGAUAUGCAGUCGACCAUUGAGCUCUUGCUCCAGCAAGGGCAGCAGUUGGCACUCCUCUAUCCUCCAGUCCUCAAGAAAGCGCACCGCCAUGUCAACCGGCCUCCAGAAGACAGUCAAUGUACCAUCUCCGACUGCAUGCACCAUCUGCGCCAGUCCCUCCGGCCCAGGUCACCACCCAUCCUGGACCACUCUCUCCUGAACCUCCUAAUCGCCUGCCACCUGCGGUUGCUCGAUAUCUUUGACAACCUCAUGGAUCAUUCAAGAGUCUGUGCCCACGUCUUCUCGACUUUGCCCAAAGACAGCGAGCCCAAUUUUGAUAUCCCCGAGAUUCGGAUCGGCUCAUUCGUGGCACCCAGAGACUCUGCCGCCACCAUAAUGAUUACAAUGUUGGUGGAGCUUCAUUCUUCAUUGGAAGCGAGAUGUCAAGAGAUGUCUGAAAUGGUUAUAUCUGCCGCCGGUGAGACUUCGCUGGAGUCUCGUGCGCUUAGCUUACAAUGUGAGGCUCUCGCGCUACGUUCGGUGGGCACACUUGCCGACAUGAAAGGACUCAGGACAAAACUGUUCAGUUCUGGGAUCCUAGGAUGA